CAGUCAAGCCCCAUUUUUCUCAACUUCGAGUGUUAAAAUCGUCCGCAUUUGAAAUUCUUCGAACGUCGCUUUAUUGAAAAACGCAAGGCUCAAUUCAGUCAAUUCAUAUAUCUUCCAACUCUGAGUAAUCGAGCAAACGAAGAGUGUGUGAAGAUGGUGUGGAAAAUGCUCCUCGCCAGUUUGCUGCUGCUGGGUGCGCUCAAAGCCGCCGAUUUGGCCCCGGAGUCGGAGGGCUCUGUGGAGGAUGGACAGCAGGAGCCCGCCGCCAUCGAUGGCGAUGAGAAGCUGGCCUACAAGAGCCCGGUGAUCGAUGACGAGAAGUUUUACUUCGCGGAUAACUUUGACGACGUGCAGACAUCCAGAAAGAAGUGGGUGCUAUCGCAGGCGAAGAGGGAUGGCAUCUGGAACUGGGAGUCGCCGCAGCGCAUCUUUUGGGCAAACGAUCUGGGUCUGGUGCUCAAGUCGAAGGCCAAGAAUGCGGCCAUAGCCGCCCCCUUUCGCCAGCCGUUCGAUUUCAAGUCGGGCAAGCCGCUGGUGGUGCAGUACGAGAUUACGUGGCAGGAGGGUCAGGUCUGCGGCGGCUCGUAUCUGAAGCUUUUGUCCGCCGGAAAAGACACGGAGCAACUAAAUGCCUUCAAUGACAAGACACCCUUUACCAUCAUGUUCGGACCGGACAAGAUCGGCAAAGAUGUGGAAAUGCACUUCAUAUUCCGUCACGUCAAUCCAAUUAAUGGCACCAUCACCGAAAAGCACUGCAAUAAGCCAAUAGACCGUUUGGAAGGGGCAUUCAUGGACAAGCUACCCCAUCUCUACCAGCUGGUGGUCCGUCCCGAUAACAGCUUUGAGAUUCGCAUUGACCACAAGAUCAUCAACGAGGGUUCCCUGCUGACCGACUUCAAGCCACCAGUCAACCCGGCGGCGGAGAUAGAUGACCCCAACGACCUCAAGCCAGAAUCGUGGGAUGAGCGAGAGAAGAUCCCAGACCCUACUGCCCACAAGCCCGAGGAUUGGGACGAGGAUGCUCCACCACAGCUGCCCGAUACCGAGGCCGUCAUGCCAAACGGCUGGCUAGAGGAUGAGCCCGACUUGAUUUUCGAUCCAACUGCCAUCAAACCAGAAGAUUGGAAUAACGAAAUCGAUGGCGAGUGGGAGGCUCCUCUGGUGGAGAACCCAGUGUGCAAGAACGCCCCCGGCUGUGGCAAGUGGAAGACUCCGCUCAUCCCCAAUCCCAAAUACAAGGGCAAGUGGCGUGCACCAAUGAUCAAGAACCCCAACUACCAGGGCAAGUGGGCCCCCAGGAAGAUAGCCACUCCAGACUUCUUUGAGGAUCUGAAGCCCUUCCAAAUGACGCCAAUCAGCGCUGUGGGUCUGAAGCUGUGGUCCAUUCUCUUCGACACCCUGAUCAUCACGGACGACGUGCUGUUGGCCCUUGACUUUGCCGCCAACAGCUUCGACAUCAAGCGUCUCUACAUCGGUCGUGAUCGUGAAUUAAACUCAAUCGGGGAUAAGGUAGUCGAGAUAGCUAGGGCCCAUCCCGCGAUUUGGGGCAUUGCCAUGGGUGCCAUUGCGGUGCCGGUUGCCUUUACCAUCGUCUCUAAAUUUGGUUUAGGUCCGAGUAAGGUCGCGGCUGCCAAAAAGGCUGCUGUCGAGGCCAAGAAGACAGACGAUCCUCAGUCCGAUGAUGAGCUCGGGGCCGUGGAGGAUGAAAAGUUGGAGAAGGGCGAGAAGGAGGAGGAAAAGGAGGAGGAGGAGGAGAAGAAAGAGGAGAAGGAGCAGGAGAAGGAGGAGAAGGAGAAGGAUGACAAGGAGGAGGAGAAGGAGAAGAAGGAUGACGAGGAGGAGGAGAAGGAGAAGAAGGAUGACGAGGAGGGGGAGAAGGAGGAGAAGGAUGACGAGGAGGAGGAGAAGGACGAGGAAGAGGAGUUCGACGAAAGGGCCGCUGGCGAUUCCAACAAGGAAAGCACACCGCUGUCCGCUAGUCACAAGAAAAAUUCUUUUUUAGACAUUAUCAUAGAGGGGGAAGGAACAUUACAGACUCUGGAACCAGUUCCAAAAAAACCAUGGACACCGAAAGCAAAAAAAAAUAUGCACUGCAACUCUAAAUAAGAAACUAAAUCGAAUUCCCAAAUCCAGCUGUUGCACACCACCAACAACCAAAUGAUCAAGCACACGUACAUUUCAAACAUGUUAUGAUUUCGCCAAGGCAGCCGACAUCUCCAUCAAACUGCACACACACACUAUACCACAAACAGACACACACGAAUUAAACAAAA